AAAAGAAGAGCCGGAGGAGGGGGCCAGUCGUCAGCUGUGCUCUGCCUCACAAGCCUUCCCAUAAAGCUCAGCCAAUAGGAGCAGAGUGAGUGGGUGGGGCUUUAGCCGUUCCCCAUCCUAGCCUCUGCUGCAUCACAUGCAAGCUCAUUAUAUGCAGCUUGACUUCCUAGGCCGAGGAGAGUCAGACAUUGCCAAAGCGCUGCAAGGGAUCACCCCUACGUGCCGGCUUCUCGUUUUACAGUUAACCCACGUUGCUUCUGUGCUCAAAUUGCUUUUCCUGCCUCACUGGAAAGGAUCGUAAGAUUUUUUCUUCUUUCUUCUGUUGCUUUUUCACCAAAGAGGUGAAGCAGAAUGAUAGCGGCACAGCUUCUGGCCUACUACUUCACUGAGCUGAAGGAUGAUCAGGUCAAAAAGAUUGACAAAUACUUGUAUGCCAUGCGGUUCUCGGACGAGACACUGCGUGACAUCAUGGCCCGCUUCCGAAGGGAAAUGGAUAAUGGACUGGGACGAGACACCAACCCGACAGCUACCGUCAAGAUGCUGCCCACCUUUGUAAGGUCCAUUCCUGAUGGUUCAGAAAAAGGAGAUUUCAUUGCCCUGGAUCUGGGCGGCUCCAAUUUCCGUAUUCUGCGGGUGAAAGUGUCUCAUGAGAAGAAACAAACGGUGCAGAUGGAAAGUCAGAUAUAUGAGACUCCAGAGGACAUCAUCCACGGCAGUGGAACACGGAUGUUUGACCAUGUUGCAGAAUGUCUUGGAGACUUCAUGGAGAAACAAAAAAUUAAAGACAAGAAGCUUCCUGUGGGUUUCACGUUCUCAUUUCCUUGUGCACAAAGAAAACUGGAUGAGGCUGUUUUGCUGACAUGGACGAAACGCUUCAAGGCCAGUGGGGUGGAGGGAAUGGAUGUAGUAAAGCUUCUAAAUAAAGCCAUCAAAAAACGUGGGGACUAUGAGGCAGAUAUCAUGGCUGUUGUCAAUGACACUGUUGGAACUAUGAUGACCUGUGGCUUUGAUGACCAACGCUGUGAAGUCGGCAUUAUUAUUGGUACUGGCACUAAUGCAUGUUACAUGGAGGAGCUCAGACACAUUGACCUGGUGGAGGGAGAUGAAGGCAGGAUGUGUAUUAAUACCGAAUGGGGGGCAUUUGGAGACGACGGCACAUUGGAGGACAUCCGAACUGAGUUUGACAGGGAGAUCGACCGUGGGUCCCUCAACCCUGGCAAGCAAUUGUUUGAGAAGAUGGUCAGUGGGAUGUACAUGGGUGAGCUGGUGAGGCUGAUCCUGGUCAAGAUGGCUAAAGAAAGCCUGCUGUUUGAAGGCCGCAUCACCCCAGAGCUGCUUACAAAAGGAAAAAUUGAAACAAAGCAUGUUUCUGCCAUUGAGAAGAGCAAAGAGGGACUUACCAAAGCCAAGGAAAUUUUGACACGCUUGGGUGUGGAGCCAUCUGAAGACGACUGCAUUGCCGUACAGCAUGUUUGCGCUAUUGUCUCUUUUCGCUCUGCUAAUCUAAUUGCUGCCACUCUGGGUGCAAUCCUCACACGUCUCAAGGACAAUAAGAACGCCCCGCGUCUCCGCACCACAGUGGGCAUCGAUGGCUCCCUAUACAAGAUGCACCCACAGUAUUCCCGGCGGUUGCACAAAACUGUGCGUCGUCUGGUGCCGGAGUCUGAUGUUCGCUUCUUGCUCUCUGAAAGUGGAAGUGGCAAAGGAGCUGCACUGGUGACAGCCUGGGCUUACAGGUUGGCUGAUCAGACACGUCAAAUUGCCGAGACGCUGGCAGAGUUCCGGCUGACCAAAGACCAACUGCUGGAGGUGAAAAAGAGGAUGAGAAUUGAGAUCCAGAAUGGACUGAGCAAGAACACUCAAAACACAGCCACUGUCAAGAUGCUGCCCACCUAUGUGCGGAGUACCCCAGAUGGAUCAGAAAAUGGUGACUUUUUGGCUCUGGAUCUGGGAGGUACAAACUUCAGGGUGCUUUUGGUAAAGAUUCGCAGUGGCAAGAGACGAACUGUGGAGAUGCAUAAUAAAAUAUAUGCCAUUCCCAUAGAAGUAAUGCAAGGAACCGGAGAGGAGCUCUUUGAUCACAUUGUGUACUGCAUAUCUGACUUCCUGGACUAUAUGGGGAUGAAGAACACCCGUCUGCCUCUUGGCUUUACCUUUUCCUUCCCCUGCAGGCAAACUAGUCUGGAUGCGGGAAUUCUGGUAAAUUGGACAAAGGGCUUUAAAGCCACAGACUGUGAAGGUGAAGAUGUUGUCAACCUUCUGAGAGAGGGGAUCAAGAGGAGAGAGGAGUUUGAUUUGGAUGUUGUAGCCAUAGUGAAUGACACAGUGGGUACAAUGAUGACCUGUGCAUAUGAGGAACCCACAUGUGAGGUUGGGCUAAUCGCAGGAACGGGUAGCAAUGCUUGCUACAUGGAGGAAAUGCGAAACAUUGAGACGGUUGAUGGAGUGGAUGGCAGGAUGUGUGUGAACAUGGAGUGGGGAGCAUUUGGAGAUAAUGGCUGCCUGGAUGACAUCAGGACUCAGUAUGAUAAUGCUGUGGAUGAUCUCUCCCUCAAUGCCGGCAAACAAAAAUAUGAGAAGAUGUGCAGUGGCAUGUACCUGGGUGAGAUUGUACGGAACAUCUUGAUUGACUUGACAAAGCGUGGCUUCCUCUUCAGAGGACAAAUCUCUGAGACCCUGAAAACCAGGGGUAUCUUCGAAACCAAGUUCCUUUCCCAAAUUGAGAGUGACCGCUUGGCGCUACUACAGGUCAGGGGCAUUCUGCAGCAUCUGGGCUUGGACAGCACAUGCGACGACAGUAUUAUCGUCAAGGAAGUGUGUGGAGCUGUUUCCCGCCGUGCUGCCCAGCUCUGUGGAGCAGGAAUGGCUGCUGUUGUAGACAAAAUCCGGGAGAACCGUGGCCUGGACCAUCUGGACAUCACCGUUGGGGUGGAUGGCACCCUGUAUAAGCUCCAUCCACAUUUCUCACGGAUAAUGCAUCACACUGUGAAGGAGCUCGCCCCCAACUGCAACGUCACCUUCCUUCUCUCAGAAGACGGAAGCGGGAAAGGCGCCGCCUUGAUCACUGCCGUUGGGUGCCGCCUCCGCCAGCAAGAACAAAAAAGCUGAACCCUUCAUCGAACAAGCCCUCAAUCAAUUCUGUAGCUCUCUCGGAGCAUAUACAUUUCCACUCGCAGCUGCGACUCGGUUCUCAUUCACCACGAUCCGGCACAUCCUUUUACGCAUUCCCAGAGCUGUGUUGCUUUGUAUUUCACUCCUACAUGUCCCUGUCAGCCUUUCUCUGUGUAGGUCUAUGUGUGUUAUUAGGGGUUGGUCUAUCUGUGUCCUGCACCCAAACUAUAUAAAGAUGUUCUUUAAGAUGUUAAACUGUUGUUAAAGUAUUUAUGGAUGUAUAUUGGAAAAAGGGAAGAAAUGUAAACUCAUUACUAACAUUAAAGUUAAGAUAUUUGACCAAGUAUAUGAAGAUAUUAUUUAUUUUAUUUUUAUAUUUGAUGGAAGACGCAAAAGGAAUGGAUACCUGAGAGAAAGAAGGUAUUUUGUUGCGAAUAUGCCAAGCUAAUUCCAAACCUCUGCGUACUGUCAUAUUCCUGUGUGGCAGUUUGUGUUGUAAAUAUUGCGAAACAUUUGAGAAACAUUCGCUAACCAUAACCAUAACUAACCAUAACCAUAACAGCCUCCACAUUGGUAUUGUCAUAGCUGAAGUAAAUAAGACAUACAAGUCUCGUAGUCACAGCUGCCUUCCUGCAUAAUUCAAGCCCCUUAUACUUGUCGCUAUACAAAUGAACGACAGGAAAACUUUUGCCUUUGCAUAUCCACCCCUUCUGAAAUAGUCUUAUCCUCUCAUACUCAAAGACUUUAGCGGAUUGUAUCAUGCAUAUUGCUUUUGAUGUGUGUGUGUGUGUGAAUGUGUGCGUGUGCAAAUAUGCGGGUUAUCGGUACUGAUUCCCAGUAAAUGUCCUUCUCUGUGCCCUGGCUGGUUAUUUGUGAGUGAUCCUGUGUAGUUCAUGUGAGUGAAUCUGUGUAGUGGCUCAGAGAUCUCCUGAUGAAUGCAUGCCUUAUUUGGUAACUGAGGUCUAGCAUCCACUGAUUUUGUACUAUUUCAUAGUUGCACUAUAUAAAUAGAUGUUCCUGGAUAAACCUAUAGGAGAAAACCAUAAAAAUAUUUUAAUCAACUGAA